CUGUGGAGAUGGUGGCAAGCGUGUUUCUUUUCGAUUCUUUUUAACUCUCAAUUCAGAUGAUGGUUCGAAGCCAACACCUACCAUGGAAACCCAGCCUAUUUUCGAUGGAGAAGAAAUCACAGCACCCACACUUUGGAUUAAGCACUUGGUCAUCAAAGAUUCCAAACUGAACAGCUCCAGUAUAAGAAAUUCAGAGAAAGUUCACUCCUGUGACCAGGAAAGGCAGAGUGCCCUGGAAGAGGCCAGGCAAAACCCCCGUGAGGGUAUCGUCAUCCCUGAGUGUGCUCCUGGAGGGCUCUACAAACCGGUGCAGUGCCACCAGUCGACUGGAUACUGCUGGUGUGUCCUGGUGGACACGGGACGACCACUGCCUGGAACUUCCACUCGCUACGAGACCCCAGUGUGCGAGAGCGAUGCCAGAUCGAAGAGCACAGAGAUUGAUGAUCCAUUCAAGGACAGAGAACUUCCAGGCUGCCCAGAAGGGAAGAAAAUUGAAUUUAUUACCAGCUUACUUGAUGCUCUGACUACGGACAUGGUACAGGCUAUAAAUUCUGCAGCACCUACUGGGGGUGGGAGAUUUUCUGAGCCAGACCCGAGCCACACGCUGGAGGAGCGGGUGGUACACUGGUACUUCAGCCAGCUGGACAACAACAGCAGCAACGACAUCAACAAGCGGGAGAUGAAGCCCUUCAAGCGUUAUGUAAAGAAGAAAGCCAAGCCCAAGAAAUGUGCCCGACGCUUCACUGACUACUGUGACCUCAACAAAGACAAGUCGAUCUCGCUUCAGGAGCUGAAGGGGUGCUUGGGAGUCAGCAAGGAAGGAGGUAGCCUGAGCAGUUUCCCCAAUGGAAAAAGACAAGGCCUUAACCCUUUCAUAGGUCGCCUGGUGUAGCAGCAGAAGAUGGAAAGGGAAGGCAGGAGCCGAUCCAAAGGAAAGAAAGAUCCAGCGACAGACAGACAGACACCUCGCUGCUUGUGAGCAAGCAGACAGCAUCAGCAACAUCCAGCGUAGCAGAAGUGGCACCCAGAAUGUUUGCACUUUGUAAUAAUUGGUUUGGGUUUGUUUUUAAUUGCUUUUCAAUGCCAUUAUCUAAUACUUUGGAGAGUGGGGGGAAUCAGGAUCACAACUUUUUAAAAUUGGAACAGCUACUGAUGACAUAAAAUUGAGUUCACUGGGACUCAGAGAAAGAGAAUUUUAUAUACUGUAUAUAAAUAUAUAUGUAAAUUGU